CUCCAAAUAGCAGCAGUGCCCUAGGGCUUUGAGAAAACCACAUUGCCCGAAGGCCAAUAAGCAAACGCAGGGAAGAAAAAAAGAAAAAAGAGUUUCAUAAUAAUCAUAAGCUGUUAGAGAUGAAGAAUGGACUCGACACCACCCAUGAGAAGAAGAAGAGGAAGCUCGCCAUUCUGAGCGUGUCUUCCCUCCUCCUGGUGGCGAUGGUGGUCGCGGCGGCCGUCGGCAUAAGAGAAGGCGCCGAUGUGGUCGAGGAAGGCGGCGACUCGAUCGUGAAAUCUCAAAGGAACGUGCAAGUGAUAUGCGAAUCCGCGGAAUACAAAGAAACAUGCCACAAGAGUCUCGCCAAAGCUUCCGAAACUUCCGAUCUGAAGGAGCUCAUCAUAACCGCGUUCAACGCCACGGCCGAAGAGAUCGCAAAGCAAAUAAAAAACUCGACGCUCUACCACGAACUUGCCACCGACGACAUGAACAAACAGGCCAUGGACAUCUGCAAGGAAGUUCUAGGUUACGCUGUCGAUGACAUGCACCAAUCCGUUCGCAAGUUGGAAGAGUUUGAACUAAACAAGUUGAACGAUUACGCCUAUGAUCUCAAGGUCUGGAUCGCCGGUACUCUCGCUCACCAACAGACAUGUUUGGAUGGGUUCGAGAACACGACCAACGAGGCUGGCAAGACCAUGGCUAGGGUUCUCAACACUUCUUUGGAGCUCAGCAACAACGCAUUGGACAUAGUGAACGGUGUAUCGAAUCUCUUCAAGGGUCUUAACUUGAGUUCCUUCAGCAACAACAACAACAGGAAGCUUCUAUCGGAGGUAGAUGGGUUCCCUACGUGGGUGAGUGAAGGACAGAGGAGGCUUCUUCAGGCUGCGGACGCCAAAGCGGACGUUGUUGUGGCUCAGGAUGGGAGUGGACAGGUGAAGACAAUUCACGAGGCUCUUAAAUUGGUGCCUAAAAAGAACAAGAAGCCUUUUGUCAUUUACGUCAAGGCCGGUGUCUACCAGGAGUAUAUUAUGAUCAACAAGCACUUGACCCAUGUCACCAUGAUCGGAGAUGGCCCCACCAAGACCAGAAUCACCGGCAGCAAAAACUACGUCGAUGGCAUCAAAACUUACAACACCGCUACCUUCGGUGUGAACGCUGCUAACUUCAUGGCGAUGAACAUCGGGUUCGAGAACACAGCAGGAGCUGAGAAGCACCAAGCCGUUGCCCUGAGGGUAACAGCAGACAAGGCUGUAUUCUACAACUGCAACAUGGAUGGGUUCCAGGACACCCUCUACACACAAUCCCAGCGUCAGUUCUACCGCGACUGCACCGUCACGGGCACCAUCGACUUCGUGUUCGGCGACGCCGUGGCCGUGUUCCAGAACUGCAAGUUCAUCGUAAGGAAGCCCAUGGAGAACCAGCAAUGCAUGGUCACCGCCGGUGGAAGGACCAAGAUCGACAGCCCCAGUGCACUGGUCUUCCAGAGCUGCAUCUUCACCGGCGAACCCGACGUGUUUGCCUUGUCCCCCAAGAUUGCUUACUUGGGAAGGCCGUGGAGGGUUUACGCUAAGGUUGUCAUCAUGGACUCGCAAAUCGAUGACAUCUUUGUCCCUGAAGGGUACAUGCCGUGGAUGGGAAGUGCUUUCAAGGACACAAGCACCUACUACGAGUUCAACAACAGGGGUUUUGGUGCUAACACUCAAGGUAGAAUCACGUGGCCUGGUUUUAAGGUUAUCACUCCCAUUGAAGCUACUGAUUACUACCCAGGAAAAUUCUUUGAGAUCGCUAAUUCGACUGAGCGUGAUUCUUGGAUCGUUGGGUCUGGGGUGCCCUACUCCCUUGGCCCAAUUAUUGCGCUGCCUUUGCCAACAGCUUAAUUCAUGGUCUUUUUUAAUGACUCUAAUAGAAUAUACAUGUAGCUACAUAUCCCUGCUGCAUGCCUGCAUCUGCAUGCCCUUUUUGACAUUGCUAUAUAUGUCUGCCAGUAUUUAAGGAAAAGAAAAAAAGUGAUGCAGUGGCACUCAUGUGUUAAUUCAGUUUUCUCCUACGUAGCA